CUUGAGUGAUUGAUGACAAGGGUAAGGAAAAGGAGGAGAGAAGGCAAACUGGAGAGAGAGCAAGUGCCUCGACGUUCGUAUCAGCCCCCCAGCAGGAGUGAGGAAGGAAGAAGAAUCAAACAAGCUGACGCCCUGCUUCGAAUGAAUGGACUGAAUGAACACACACCUUCCUUCAUCCCUCAUUCGUCCCUGCUGAGCAUCACACAGGAGGAUACAACUCGCCGACCCGUCUCCCAAGAUUCUCUGCUUUCCGAUAUACAGAGUCUUGGAUAAUAACAACAGCGGAUAAUUCUGAGUCUCCUCAACCGUGGACGUCAACCCUUUCAGUCCACCUGUAAGAAGGCUUUGCCUCGAUUUAAGACAAAGCUAAAGUUCGGAAGAUAUGCUUCGGGCUUCUGAUCCUACUGCCACCUGCAGUGGAGGCUCUUGAUCACUGUGGAAGCGAGUGUCCGUUUUCAUCAUGGGGUGCACAACCAGUGUGGUUCUGUUGGAGGGGUUGCGUUCCAUCCUCGAGAGGAACUGUACUUAUGUCAAAGGUUCUGUGGAGCUGGGGGCUCUGGAGGAGGAAGAGGAAGCGCAGAGUCUUUGGGGAUCUCAACAAUGGAUACCCACCACUGCUCUGGUAAAACCAAAAAUCAUAGAGCCUCUGGACUAUGAGAAUGUUCUCCUCCAGAGGAAGACCCAGAUCAUAAGCGAUGUUCUGCGUGAUAUGCUGCAGUUUCCUACGGAGGACUUCCAGAUCUCCACCCUGCGGCGCCAGGGACGGACUCUGCUCUCCACUGUGCCAGAGACUGCUGAGAAAGAAGCUUCCUCUCUGUUUGUCCAAGAGUGCAUUAAAACAUAUAAGUCUGACUGGCAUGUGGUCAACUACAAGUAUGAGGAGUAUUCUGGAGACUUUCGCCAGCUUCCACAUAAGGUGUUGAGACCGGAGAAGCUUGCUGCCCACGUGUUUGAAGUAGACGAAGACGUGGAAAAAGAUGAGGAUGCAGCCUCUCUUGGAUCUCAAAAGGGAGGCGUGUCGAAGCAUGGCUGGCUCUACAAAGGCAACAUGAACAGUGCAAUUAGUGUUACCAUGAGGUCCUUCAAGAGGAGAUACUUCCAUCUGGCUCAGCUGGGUGACGGCUCCUACAACCUCAACUUCUACAAAGAUGAAAACACCUCCAAGGAACCCAAAGGAACCAUCUUCCUUGACUCGUGCAUGGGGGUUGUUCAGAAUAGCAAAGUGCGUCGGUUUGCGUUUGAGCUGAAGAUGCAGGAUAAGACCACGUUCCUGCUGGCUGCCGACAGCGAAGCAGAAAUGGAGGAGUGGAUCAGCAUCCUGAACAAGAUUCUUCACAGCAGCUUCGAACAGGCCAUGCAGGAGAAAAGGAACGGCGAUCUGAAUGAUGAUGAGGAGCAUGGAAAAGCAGAGCUUUCCUCUGGAAACUUUCAAGACAACUUUCAGACUGCCAGAGAUAUUGAAUCCAGAAUGAGAAGUGAAGCUCGCCUAAAGCUGUUUAUUCUGGAUCCAGACACUCAGAAACUGGACUUUUCUGGCAUCGAACCAGAUGUGCGUCCGUUUGAAGAGAAGUUCGGGAAGAGAGUCCUGGUCAGCUGUCACAACCUGUCAUUCAACCUGCAGGGCUGCGUCACAGAAAACGAAGAGGGGCCCACCACUAACGUUGAACCGUUCUACGUGGUCCUGUCCCUGUUCGAUGUCCAGAACAGCAGGAAGAUCUCCGCCGACUUCCACGUGGAUCUCAACCACCCUUUGGUUCGCCAAAUGACAUGUGGUCAAGGCAACGGGUCCAAUUCGGAAAUCAUCGGCGAUGGUCCCCCAGAAGGCCUUGGCCUGGCUCCUCACUACCCCACACAGGGGGUCUUCUCUGUAACUUGCCCCCACCCAGAGAUCUUCUUGGUUGCCAGAAUUGAGAAGGUCCUCCAAGGGGGCAUCACCCACUGCACCGAACCUUACAUGAAGAGCUCAGACUCCACCAAAGUGGCUCAAAAGGUGUUGAAGAACACCAAGACAGCCUGCAGCAGACUGGGACAGUACAGGAUGCCGUUUGCCUGGGCUGCAAGGCCGGUAUUCAAGGAUGCAUCAGGAACUCUGGAGAAAAACGCUCGCUUCUCAGCUCUUUACAGACAGGACAGUAGCAAGCUGUCUGACGAGGACAUGUUCAAGCUCCUCACUGACUUCAGAAAACCAGAAAAAAUGGCCAAAUUCCCUGUGCUGUUGGGGAACUUAGAUGUUACUAUUGAUAACGUCGCACCGGACGUACCCAACUGUGUCACUACCUCAUACAUCCCUGUAAGAAACUUUGAACAAAAUGGUUCAGGCAGCGCUCUCCUGGAGGUGGAGGAGUUUGUGCCGUGUAUUGCUAAGUGCGCCCAACCAUUCACUAUAUAUAAAAACCACCUGUAUGUUUACCCAAAACACCUCAAGUAUGACGGACAAAAAUCGUUUGCAAAGGCAAGGAACAUUGCUGUAUGUGUUGAAUUUAAGGACUCUGAUGACGACGAAGCCCAGCAACUGAAGUGCAUCUACGGCCGACCCGGAGGACCUCUGUUCACCAAACAGGCUUACGCAGCCGUUCUCCACCACCAGCAUAACCCCGAGUUCUACGACGAGAUUAAAAUAGAGCUGCCGACUCAGCUGCAUGAGAAACAUCACCUUCUCUUCAGCUUCUAUCACGUCAGCUGUGACAACAAUAGCAAGAAGAAGGAUGUAGUAGAGACUGCUGUGGGUUCAGCUUGGCUGCCGCUCCUGAAGGAUGGCGGCAGGGUCAUCAUGAACGAACAGCAGCUUCCUGUCGCUGCAAAUCUACCUGCUGGCUACCUCGGCUCCCAGGAUGGCGCUAGCAAGCAAUCUGGCUCCGAGAUUAAAUGGGUAGAUGGAGGCAAACCGCUGUUCACACUCUCCACCCAUCUUGUAUCUACAGUUUACACCCAGGAUCAGCAUCUGCACAACUUCUUCCAACACUGUCAAAGCAUGGACAUGUCAGAGCAAGCCUCAGAGGGAGAGCUGAUUAAAUACCUGAAGAGUCUUCAUGCAAUGGAGGGACAUGUGAUGGUCAACUUCCUGCCCACAAUCCUCAACCAGCUGUUCUGCAUCCUCACCAGAGCAACGCAUGAGGAUGUGGCCAUCAAUGUUACCAGGGUAAUGGUCCAUGUGGUGGCGCAGUGCCAUGAGGAGGGACUUGAGCAUUACCUAAGAUCUUUUGUCAAGUUUGUGUUUAAGCCAGAGCCUUACUCAUCCAUCUGUCUAAGAACAGUUCAUGAAGAGCUGGCUAAAGCCAUGACGGCCAUUCUCAAGCCAUCCACUGACUUUUUAACAAGCAACAAGUUGCUAAAGCACUCAUGGUACUUCUUUGAAGCUCUGGUAAAAUCGAUGGCUUACUACCUCACGGAGAGCGGUAAAGUCAAACUCUCGAGGAACCAGCGUUUUUCCGCGUCCUUCUACCACGCUGUGGAAACUCUGGUCAACAUGUUGAUGCCGCACAUCACCCAGAAAUACAAGGAUAACCUUGACGCUUCUCGCAACGCCAACCACAACCUGGCACUUUUCAUUAAGCACUGCUUCACCUUCAUGGACAGAGGAUUUGUAUUCAAGCAGAUCAAUAACUACAUGAACUGCUUCGUGCCUGGAGACCCAAAGACUCUGUUUGAGUUUAAGUUUGAGUUCCUGCGGGUGGUUUGCAACCACGAGCACUACAUCCCUCUGAACCUUCCCAUGCCGUUUGGCAAAGGCAGAAUACAGAGAUUUCAAGAUCUGCAGCUGGACUACUCCCUGACCGACGACUUCUGCCGAAACCACUUCCUGGUGGGCUUGCUGCUGCGGGAGGUGGGCGGGGCCCUCCAGGAGCCCAGAGACAUCCGCCAGAUCGCCGUUCAGGUGCUCAAGGGACUCAUGAUCAAACACACAUUUGACGACCGCUACGCUGCUAAGAGUCACCAAGCCAGACUCGCCACGCUCUACCUCCCGCUGUUUGGCCUUCUUCAGGAAAACGUCUACAGGCUUGACAUCAAGGACUCGGCUCCCCUCAGCAACCACAAUAACAUGAGGGAAGACUCCCUUGUUCCAAACUCCAUGGUGACUCCCCAAAAACCUGGAAGCUACAUAGAAAACGCGCUCCACAAAGAUGUGUUUGGGGUCAUUUCUGGGACAGCCUCUCCUCACAGCUCCACUCCUAACGUGAGCUCGGUUCACCACGCAGACUCCAGAGGCUCUCUGGCCUCCACCGACUCUGCAAACAGCCUUCUGGACAAGAGCAAUGACAAGACCAACUCUUUGGAGAAGAGCCAGUGUGUGUCAGCAGUGGGCAGUACCGUGCUGCGCUGCGACAAACUGGACCGGGACGAGAUCGGAAACCUGCUCAUGUGCUUUCUGCACAUCCUCAAGAGCAUGUCAGAAGAAGCCCUGUUUGCAUAUUGGAACAAAGCAACUCCAUCAGAGUUAAUGGACUUCUUUACUCUAAUAGAAAUCUGCCUCCAUCAGUUCAGAUACAUGGGGAAAAGAUUCAUUGCUAGGAGUCAGGAGGGAGCAGGACUUGUAGCCGCAGACAGGAAGUCUCUGACUCUGCCUGUGUCUCGUAGCAGGGCGGGGAUCCUGCAUGCUCGUCUGCAGCAGCUGGGAGCUCUGGAGAAUGCUCACACCAUCAAUAACAUGUACUGCCACACAGAAGCGGACGUAAACAGCCAGUGCCUGCUGGAGGCCAACGUGUCUACAGAGGUCUGCCUGACUGUGCUGGACACACUCAGCACCUUCAUCAUGGGAUUCAAGACUCAGCUGAAUUCAGAUCUGGGUCACAACCCGCUGAUGAAGACGGUGUUCCAGGUGCAUCUGUGCUUCCUGCAGAUCCCCCAAUCAGAGGCUGCCCUCAAGCAGGUCUUCACCUCCCUCAGGACUUUCAUUUUUAAGUUCCCCUGCACGUUUUUCGACGGUAGGGCCGACAUGUGCGCCUCGCUCUGCUAUGAAAUCCUCAAGUGUUGCAACUCCAAGCUGAGCUUCAUCCGCAAUGAUGCGGCCCACCUUCUGUACUUUCUGAUGAAGAGUAACUUUGACUACACAGGCCGCAAGUCUUUUGUGCGAACCCACCUGCAGGUGGUGAUAGCUGUUAGCCAGUUGAUAGCUGAUGUCAUUGGGAUUGGGAGUACACGUUUCCAGCAGUCUCUCUCCAUCGUCAAUAAUUGUGCCAACGGUGACAAGAGCAUCAAGCACACAGCAUUCCCAUCAGAUGUGAAGGACCUGACCAAGCGCAUCAGGACGGUGCUGAUGGCCACCGAGCAGAUGAAGGAGCACGAGAACGACCCGGAGAUGUUGGUGGACCUCCAGUACAGCCUGGCCAAGUCCUACACCAGCACACCGGAGCUACGGAAGACCUGGCUGGACAGCAUGGCUCGCAUCCACAACAAGAACGGAGAUCUUUCCGAGGCAGCUAUGUGCUACAUUCAUGUUGCUGCUUUGGUUGCAGAGUAUCUGUGGAGAAAAGGUAUGUUUAGGCAAGGCUGCUCAGCGUUCAGGGUCAUCACUCCCAACAUUGACGAGGAGGCGGCCAUGAUGGAGGACGUAGGGAUGCAGGAUGUUCACUUCAGUGAGGAAGUCCUGUUGGAGCUGCUGGAGGAGUGUGCUGAUGGCCUGUGGAAGGCUGAGCGCUAUGAACUCAUUGCUGAUGUCUACAGGCUCAUCAUCCCCAUCUAUGAGGAGCGCAGGGACUUUGAGAAACUGACUCACCUCUAUGACACGCUCCACCGUGCCUACACCAAGGUGAUGGAGGUGAUGCACAGCGGGAAGAGACUGCUGGGCACUUACUUCAGAGUGGCCUUCUUUGGACAGGCUGCGGGCUUCUUUGAGGAUGAGGAUGGAAAGGAGUACAUCUACAAGGAGCCGAAGUUCACCCCCCUCUCUGAAAUUUCCCAGCGGCUCCUGAAGCUCUACUCUGACAAGUUCGGCCCAGAGAAUGUCAAGAUCAUUCAGGACUCUGGCAAGGUUAACCCUAAAGACUUGGACUCCAAGUACGCCUACAUCCAGGUGACUCACGUAACGCCUCACCUGGACGACAAGGAGCUGGACGAUAGAAAGACCGACUUCGAGAAGAGCCACAACAUCCGGCGCUUCGUGUUUGAGACGCCGUUCACCGUUUCGGGCAAGAAGCAGGGGGGAGUGGAGGAGCAGUGCAAACGACGCACCAUACUAACCACAACCCACUGUUUCCCCUAUGUUAAGAAGCGCAUUGCGGUCAUGUACCAGCACCAGAGUGACCUGAGCCCCAUAGAGGUGGCCAUCGACGAGAUGAGCGCCAAGGUGGGCGAGCUGCGUCUGCUGUGCUCGGCCUCCGAGGUGGACAUGAUCCGGCUGCAGCUCAAGCUGCAGGGCAGCAUCAGUGUUCAGGUCAACGCAGGUCCUCUUGCUUACGCCAGAGCCUUUCUAGAUGACAGCAGUGCCAAGAGAUAUCCAGACAACAAGGUUAAACAGCUGAAGGAAGUCUUCAGGCAGUUUGUGGACGCCUGCGGUCACGCGCUGGGGGUGAAUGAGCGGCUGAUUAAAGAAGACCAGCAGGAGUAUCACGAUGAGAUGAAGGCCAACUACAGGGACAUGACCAGAGAGCUGUCUGACAUCAUGCACGAACAGAUAAACCCGGUGGAGGACGGCACAAGGAGCACCCUGUCCGACUCUAUGGGCAUCUUUAACGCCAUCAGUGGCACACCUAACACCAACUCCCAGGGGUCAACCACCGUCCUCUGAGAAGGUCGCGUCACACCUGACCUCCAUCAUCAAUCAGAUUACCUAAGAAUGAAAUUGGGGCAAAUUUACAGACAAAUUCGUCUCUUGUUUCCUAUGGAGACUUUAUGUUACACUUUGACGGAUCUUCUUUUGUUGCAUUUUGUUUUGUCUGAGGGAAAAGCAUAAACUACAUGACGUCUGAACAAGCGUGCAACAACUGAACACAUGUUGUUUUCCCCUCUUUGGAGCGAUUCUUUCCAAGAGAGGGAUGACGCAUGAAGAACUUCGGGAUUUUUCAGUGUACAGACAGCUUUAAAAUGCAGAGAGAGAGAAAAAAAAAUCUACUGUUGUAAAUGUAUAUCUAUUACUGGUCAAAUGUUACUCAGUAUUUUUGAAUAACCUUUUUUUUAAAAAAAGAAAAAAAUUCCCAGUAAGAUCCAGUUAGAGCAGACGAAUUUUGUAUUAGAAUUUUUUUCCAAAAAAGAAAUGAAUUUUCUAUUUUAGACCAGUGGAGCUGUAUAUAACCUGUCUGAAGCCAAGUGAAUCGCAAUAUUUUGACCUAUUUUAUGAAAAGUUUGUGCAAUAAGUCAUUGCUACCAAGGCUACCUACGGGACAAAAGGACAGCCUUGCCAAAGAUGACAGACUAAAACCUAAACCAGGAUGAUGGCGUGCGAGUUUAUAUUUAGCCAUUUCUUUGUAUGUAAUCUAGAUUUGUUUUAUUAUCUGUGAUCUUAAAUUAAAUGGAAAACAUUUUACACAAUGCCUGUAAAUAUGUUUAAGACUUACAACUAAAUAAAACCUGACAUAAGA